GCCCAGCACAAGUAUAUUGGGCGUCUGGGGUGUGAUUCACUGCGGCGUUGAAAACAUAGGCCACAGAGUAACUAAUCAGGUCUCCAACAACACGAGCAUCUCUGAAAUCUGAGUCGAGGGCCUUUGUUCACAGAGAGCGAAGAAGAUGGGAGGAGGACAUGGACAUGGCAUAACGUACAAGGGCGUCACCGUUCAUCAGCCAAAGAGGUGGCACACCGUCACCGGUAAAGGCUUGUGCGCCGUCAUGUGGUUCUGGGUACUUUACAGAGCCAAGCAAGAUGGUCCCGUAGUGCUGGGUUGGAGACACCCCUGGGAGGGCCAUGAUGAUCAUGGUCAUGGGCAUGACGACCAUCAUUAGAUCUCUUGUUGAAGAACCAAGAGUGGAAAUCAUCAAGGGAUUUAUUGUUGAGAGACUGCUGCAAAUGUUUUCGAAGCAUCUUUGUUGAUUUCUCUUUAAUAAAGUGAUUGUGAAAAAAGAGUGUGAUGGGCAGCUUAUGUCCAGUACAUCAAACUUUGUUUCAAAAUGUUAUUAAUCAUAUUGUAUGCUGUAAACAGAUGGGGAUGUUGAAAGAAUGAAAGUGGGAUUUGCGUUU